CCAAAGUGUUUGGAAGAAGUUGGAAGUUGGACACCCUGUUUUCUCUCAUAAUUCAUGACGCAUGGUAAUGCGCGGUAUCUGCCGGUAUCGGUGAAUCGUACGUCUAAAAUAAUUAAUCUAGCCGCAUUAUGAAGCUAGUAAGAUUUUUGAUGAAACUCAGUCACGAGACUGUGACGAUAGAAUUAAAAAAUGGUACUCAAGUCACAGGCACAAUUACAGGCGUUGACGUUGCAAUGAACACACAUCUGAAAACGGUGAAAAUGACAAUAAAGAAUCGCGAGCCCAUACAGUUAGAAACUCUCAGUUUACGGGGCAACAACAUCAGAUAUUACAUAUUGCCUGAUUCCCUUCCUCUGGAAACGUUGCUAAUAGAUGAUACACCAAAGGCUAAGGCUAAGAAGAAGGAAGCUGCGAGAGGUGCUGCUCGCGGCAGAGGACGUGGCGCCAGGGGUGGAAGAGGUGGCAGGGGUGGCCGAGGUAGAGGAAGGGGCAGGCGAUAGUGAUAUUCAACAUAUUCUUCAUAUUUUUUCCAUACUUUCAACAUACAAACUUUUCUAUGUGAAAACGAUCAUUAUUCAGAUAAUUUUAUAAGAACUUAUCUACAAAUCUGUUCUCUGAAUGUAGUCCCGAUACUAAAAGUUUCAACGUGGUACAAAGAUAACAUAAACAUCUAUUUUUAUUUAAUUGUAACAUACAUUGAUAUAGGCAUUCCAAUAUUUUAAUCUUAUAUUCGAUUUUAUUUAAUCAAAGAAUUGCAGAAAGAUUUGUAAAAUUUAUUCCAAGCAUUAUAAUCAUAUAUGUAUGUACUUGCUGUAUAAUUAUUUAUAUAGAUUUUCAUUGCAACGUGCUUUAUUUAAAAAGAAGGAAAGAGAGAGCAAUUUAAAUUUUUCUAUUAUAUUUUUUUUAUUGUUCAAAUCUAUUAAUUUGUUUUUCACAGUACUAAUUACAAUUUUUUUCAAAAGGAGUUAAUAGAAUCACUUUAGUACUUAUAAUAAUACUUAUUUCUUCACGCAAUAUCAUUGUAAUAUCACGUAAUUAGAGCAAUGAUAAAAAUUUCUUUAUAAUUUAAAUAUAAUGAAGAUUUUCUGAAUAAAAAAAAGCAUUGAUAAAAGCAGUCAUUAUUCUGUCUGUUCAGUUAUUAAACCUAUUCUAUAAUAAUAGAAACAUAAAAUUGUAAAGCUGUAAGUUGAUACCUCUUUCGCUAUAACACAAUGGGUUAUUAAUAAAUUCCCGACAAUCGUUACAGCAGUCUGCUCUUUCUGGCGUGUCCGAACUGCCGCCACUCGCUUCCCGUCGCAACACAUAGUCUUGCUGUCGUGUUCUCUCAGAGCCAUUUGUCUGGUUAUACGAAUUAAGAGUAUUGUUGCUGAUUUUCCAAUAUUACGUAAUGCAAUUCUGCAAAUAUUUGUACGAACUCAAUUUUCUUUGAGAAUAUUGUGGUAUAUGCUUUGCAGAACGCCGUCAACUGCACGGUUUCCCAUGGUACGUUUAUGUGCAGAUCUAAAGUCUGUUGCUCUCUAGUUCUUUCAUUAUCUAGUUUUCCUUAUAUCUG